AUGCCAUCGAUCUGCGGUGUCUGUAACGAUCAGUGUAACAGAGACGGAAGUGAGGUUAUGUGUGCUGGAGUUGGCGAAGCAUUAUUUCAUAACAAGUGCAUUAAAGGAGAUUUAGAGGGGAAGAAGCUUAGAUCCAACAGAGACUGGAAGUGUAAAGGGUGCAGAGGUUCUACUAACCAAACUAACGUGAGUACAACCAUAGAUAAUGAUUUAAUAAAGAGGCUUACUGAAGAAAUCUCCAAUGUUAGGUUAGAAAUGAAUGAGCUUCGCACAUCAGUGCAGUUCAUGUCGGACAAAAUCGACUCCUCAAAUAAAUUAAUGCAUGAUAUUAAACAAGAAAUGAGUACACUCAGGAAAGAAAAUGAAGAACUUAGGCUUAAAAAUCAUAACCUAACCUCUGAUGUACGUAACCUGAAGGAGAGAGUACGGUCGCUGGAACAGUACACGCGAAAAAAUAACCUAGAAAUAAGUGGGGUGCCAGAAACUCCUAAUGAAGACACAAUAUGCCUUCUAAAGGACAUUGCUAAAACUAUUGGAGUUGAAAUAGAUGUAACCCACUUAAAUGCUGCACACCGUAUUCCUUCCUUCAAUAAGCGUCGACCACCACCCAUAAUUGUACAGUUCCAACAAAGAAUAAUAAAAGAUAUGUGGUUAAAGAAAUUCAAGGAAACACGAAACCUAAGUGCCAAGCAAGUAAACCCCGCAUAUCCAGACCAACGAGUAUACAUCAGUGACCACCUUUCUCCGGAAAACAAGCAAUUUCUAACAAAGCUAAAGGCAAAAUGCAGUGAAGUGGGCUACAAGUUCGCAUGGACCAGAGAUGGUAAAUUCUUUGUGAGAAAGGAUGAAGGGGACAAAUGUCAAAAAAUUGAUACUGUUGAGGACAUUGAGAAGUUGAAAUAA